CUAAAGUGAAGGCCUAGACCAGCUUGCAGAGACAUCUGGAUGCAGCCAUUGGCAAAGAACACAGGCAUGAGUGUGGCCUCCGUGACACUUGCUAGUGCCCUGCAGGUCAGAGGAGAAGCCCUCUCUGAGGAGGAAAUCUGGUCCCUCUUGUCACUGGCUGCUGAGCGGCUCCUGGAAGACCUACGUAAUGAUUCCUCAGACUACGUGGUCUGCCCCUGGUCACUCCUGCUUUCUGCAGCCGGAGGUCUUUCUUUCCAAGACCACGUUUCUCACAUAGAGGCUGCACCGUUCAAGGCUCCUGAACUGCUACAGGGAUCAAAUGAAGAGGGGCAGCCUGAUGCAUCACAGAUGCACGUCUAUUCCUUAGGGAUGACUCUCUACUGGUCAGCGGGAUUUCGUGUUCCACCAAACCAGCCCCUGCAGCUUCAAGAGCCUGUACACUCCCUCCUGCUGGCCAUGUGUGAAGACCAGCCACGGAGACGGCGGCCACUGCAGGCGGUUCUAGAAGCCUGCCGGAUUCAUCAGGAAGAGGUGGCUGUGUACCCAGCCCCUGCCAGUCUCCAUAUCAGUCGACUGGUGGGCUUGGUGCUGGGCACCAUCUCCGAGGUGGAGAGGAGAGUUGUAGAGGAAAACACCUGUGAGCAGCAGAACAGAAGCUGUUUUCUCAGGAGCAGGCUGCAUCAGGCUGACAGCAAGAGCCCCGGGGCUCCGGCCUCUGAUGCUCUGCAGCCUCGGAGAGUUUCAGAGAGAAGCACAGAGACACAGAGUUCCUUGGAGCGAUGCUGGAGUACCACAGCACACAGUCGCAACAGUUCUGUUAACAGCACAUUUGCAGGUGCCGGUCCCUGUGACUGUGAGGAGAGUCCGUGGUGUGGCUCAGAGCCUAUGCUCUUGGCAGAAGCAGAAAGCUCGCAGCCAGCAACAUCUUCUCCAAGGAAUUUCCUGCAAAGAAAGGGAAAGUUCUCCAGACCAGAGUUCAUCCUGUUGGCUGGAGAGGCCCCAGUGACCCUACAUUUGCCUGGAUCCAUUGUGACCAAAAAGGGGAAAUCGUACUUGGCUCUCAGAGACCUCUGUGUAGUCUUGCUGAACGGGCGGUGUCUGGAGGUGAAGUGUGACAUGGAGUCCACAGCAGGGGCUGUCUUCAAGGCUGUCAUGUCCUUUGCCAAUCUUGGGGAGACCACCUACUUUGGCUUGGCUUAUGUGAAAGGUGAAGAGUUCUUUUUUCUGGACAAGGACACUAGAUUGUGCAAAGUUGCCCCAGAAGGCUGGAGAGAGCAGCACCCGAAAGGUUCGGUGGACACGUUCACACUCUUUCUGCGGAUAAGGUUCUUUGCCAGUCACUACGGGCUGCUCCGGCACAGCCUGACACGGCAUCAGUUCUACCUGCAGCUUCGGAGAGACAUUUUAGAAGAGAGACUGUAUUGCAACGAUGAGACACUGCUGCAACUGGGGGUCCUUGCCCUGCAGGCUGAGUUCGGGAGCUAUCCCAAGGAGCAGGUGGAGGGCAAAGCAUACUUCCGAAUUCAAGAUUACAUCCCGGCAAGGCUUAUUGAGAGGAUGACAGCAAUCCGGGUCCAAGUAGAAGUCUCAGAAAUGCACCGGCUCAGUUCUGCGCCAUGGGGAGAGGAUGCUGAGCUGGAGUUCUUGGAGAUUGUUCAGCAACUUCCAGAAUAUGGAGUCCUGGUUCAUCGUGUUUCCCCAGAGAAGAAGAGGCCAGAAGGGAAAAUGGCCUUGGGGGUCUGCACCAAAGGCAUCAUUGUCUAUGAAGUGAGAGGCAGCCGCAGAAUCGCAACAACCCAGUUUCCAUGGAGAGAAACUGGGAUGAUUUCAACUCAUAGAAAAAAGCUCACCAUCACCAGCAGCACCACUGGGAAAAAGUAUACCUUUGUCACCGAUUCAUCCAAGACCUGUAAAUACUUGCUGGGCCUCUGCUCUUCCCAGCAUUGGUUUAAUGCACAGACAGGCUCUAAGCAUCCUUCCCAUCGUUUUACUGGUCAGGAUAAGUUUGCACAAAUAGCCAGCUUGAGUUCUGCACACCAGACACAGGCCAAACCUAUCACUUGGAUUCAGAAACUGUCCUGCUCAGAAAAUGAGUUGUGUGUACCCAGGUUGCAGGAUGCCACAGGAGGCCAACUGGGCACAUCCAUGGAGAACAAGCAAGGUUUCAAGGAGCCUGGGAUGGAGAGAAUCGGAAGCAGCCCGUACCCUGGCGGAGAGCAGCUGCACAGCAUCGGUUUGAACCAGAAGCCAGCUCAGACUGCCUUCGGAACAGCUGGUCACAGCAUGUGUGCAGGUUCCAACUGCUUGGGCAGGCGAACCCAGAUCUGCUGCUUUGAUUCUGUCUCAGGGUCACAGAACAGCAAAAGGAAGGGCUUUUUUGGAGAACCCAACCAAGACAUCGUGUGUGUGAUGUUGAAGCGGGAUCCAGUUCAUGGCUUUGGUUUUGUCAUUAACGAAGGAGAAGAUGCAGAGCAAACAAGGCCCGGCAUUUUCAUAUCUUCCCUUAUACCUGGGGGACCAGCAGAAAGAGCUAAAAAGAUCAAACCAGGAGGAAAGAUACUAGCCUUGAAUCACAUUAGCCUGGAGGGCUUCACAUUCAGCAUGGCUGUCAGAAUGAUCCAGAAUUCUCCUGACGACAUGGAAUUAAUAAUUUCUCAGCCAAAAGGUGUUUGUGGGACCAGCCACAGUGAAGAAAAGAACAGUACUGCAAGUUCUGGCAUGUUCUGUACAGACAUCCUGAGCAACAGGUGCCAGGGAAGACAGUCACCACAAAUACAUGACCAGGACAGAAAUGUCAGAGGACCAGAAACGGCUCAGGGUGCUGGCUCUUGUCCUCCAUCCCCUCUACAAACCAACACUGGUGAAAUCUACUUCGUGGAGCUGGUUAAAGAAGAUGGAACGCUUGGAUUCAGCGUGACUGGUGGCAUUAAUACAAGUGUGCCUCAUGGAGGAAUCUAUGUGAAAUCUAUCAUUCCUGGAGGCCCCGCUGCCAAGGAAGGACAGAUCCUACAGGGUGACCGACUACUGCAGGUGGAUGGAGUGAGUCUGUGUGGCCUUACUCACAAGCAGGCUGUGCAGUGUCUCAAGGGUCCUGGGCAGGUGGCACGGCUGGUCUUAGAGAGAAGAGGCCCCAGGGCUGCACCACAGUGUCCUUCUGCUGAUGACAGGAUGGGAGAUGUGCACAUGGCUGUUUCCCUGGUAACAGCCAGGCCUGGCAGACCUGCGAGCAGUGUCUCAGUGACAGAUGGUCCUAAGUUUGAAGUCAAACUGAAGAAGAACAGCAGAGGCUUGGGAUUCAGCUUCGUGCACAUGGAGAGAGGAAAUUGCAUCCAUACGAAAAGUGACCUUGUGAGGAUUAAGAGGCUCUUUCCUGGGCAGCCAGCUGAAGAGCAUGGAGCCAUUGCAGCUGGUGACAUUAUCCUGGCCGUGAAUGGCAAGCCCAUAGAAGGCCUUGCUUUCCAGGAAGUGCUCCAUUUAUUGCGAGGGGCUCCAGAGGAAGUGACGCUCCUCCUCUGCCGACCCCCUCCAGGGAUACUGCCUGAGAUGGAGCCUGGAUGGCAGACCCCUGAACUAUCAGGAGAUCAAAGACUCACCAUGGCAACCUGUGCUGGAUCAGAGCAGAGCCCCAGCCUGGAUCAAGAAGACAACUGGAGGGACAGUACCUCUCUGGACGCAGGUGAAGGUCUGAGUCCCAGGCCAGAGUCUUCCUUCAAGGAUGUUAGACAGGUGAAGGGGGACAGAGAAAAAGAGAGGCCCUGGGCCAAGUCCUGGAUGCAUCCUAUGGAGUCCCACCCUCAUGUAUGUAAACUCCACCCAGAACCAGAGACACCAGCACUGGCCACCUCUUUGGAAAAGGAUAUGAGACAAAACUGCUAUUCUGUGUGUGAUAUCAGGAGACUGGGAAGAUUUUCCUUCUCAUCCUCUCUAACCAGAUUAGCAACAGACAUUUUCUGA